UGCAUCUAAGGUCUCGCGUAGUAGAGGAGCGGCUGAAGAGGGAGCGGCCCUAGAGGAGAUGCCUUUCCUAGAUUCGCUUCAGAGUGGCAAUCGAGUGCAGUCUGGAAAACUGCAUUCAGACGCGAAGUACACUUGUGGAGUUGCGUACCAGUGGACGGCUCCCCUUAGAGAGCUGCAGAUCUGUCAUUUACGGCAGUAGAAGAGAAAUAGACUCAACGGCAAUGAUCCUCUUCUUCCUUACUCAAUUUGGAGGUUGAGAUCCACGAGUAGAAUACGAAGUCAAAUGAUAGCGUUUAGUUCACGUGGUUCAUUCAUCUCAAUACCCUGAAAAAGUCUGGUUUACUUACGUCUUCGGGCAGGGAGGAGGAGAAGUAUCGACUCAAAUGAACUUGAUGUUGAUUUACUAAAUUUUGAUUAGUAGAAGUGAAAUUAGUGCGGGCAUCAAAGAGGAGGUGGGAUGUCACAGUCACUAGUUCUAGCAAGUUAAUGAUAGACUUAGAUAGUAUAACUUCUCGUGCUUUCGUCCUCCGAUAUGUGAUCAAGUUCUCUUUUCUUGCUCUAAGUCCUCGAUGCGUG